CUGGCCUUGAUCGCCGCAUCCAGCUCGUGACAGUUUCACCCAUGACGAUCAAGUCUUUAGAUACUUUCGUUUUCGUUAGGACGUUGCAAACAGCUACAGGAGUUUUCCGUGGUGCCGACAAUGGAAGUGAUUCCAGCCUGCCUUUGGUUGCUGUGGAGCUAUGCCGAGAGCGCAUUAGCGCACGAACUUCUGACAGGAGGCGGUCUAUCAGCAGCUUCAAGGCACACUUUCCAUCCGUCGACUUCUCACAGAUCGAAGAAGAAAGUGGCGUGUUGUGGAAUGCCGAGACAGCCAAAUCCCUGGCAGUGAUGCAGCAGCGGAUCAGACAGUUCCUGCAGUGGCUGUGGGAGCGUAAAGAGGAGGAGAUCAUGGUGGCUUCUCAUAGCAGCUUUAUGUGGAACAUGCUCAAGCGCUCCAACGUUGUACUUCCCAACCCUCAGCUCAAGACUGUCCUACUCACUUGAUUGGCAGAACAGGAUUUUGGCAUUCUUCUUCAGGCUAGUUCUGUGAUCUGGGCAUGGAGAGAAAUUCGUGAUUUGGGCAUAAAGAGGUGAGGAGGAGCUUUCUUUCGAAAUAUCAUUCUCUUGCUGCUUGCUCAUCGAUUUUUUAUCGUAAUUUCUACUUUCUAUUGGUUCACAAUGCAUUUCACAUUUUUCUUCUAGCCAAAACCCAU